AUGCACCACCGGCACCUCUCAACCGGCUACCCACCUCGGAACGUCUUCAAUGGGGUCUCAAGCGGCCUACUUCUGGUGCUCGUCUCCGCACUGCUGAUCUCUUCAGUUGCCGCCACGCAGAUCCGGAGCACUAACAACUCGCAACUCGUUGGCAUCGACCGUCAGCGCAGGGAUGGUGGCAUAACGUGCCCGGAAUUUCGCCCGUUUGUUUGCUACGUCUAUGAGGAACUUGGCCAGGACUACCCGGCAUGGCUCAAGAAAGUUGGGGAUGACAGUGAUGCAGAUAAGAUGAAGUGCGCAACUUGCGCCGUGGAGAAGUUCAAGGAAUGUCGGAGCACGGACAGCUUCACCGCUAACAUCGCUGCGGGGCUCGACAAGAACCCCUAUGACGUCUUCGAUCCUCUGCAGCCCAAGUAUUGUCCGAAGGGAGGUCGUCAAGCUGGUGAAAAGUGCGACCCGCUGCAUCUUUGCCUUCCCGACCCAAAAGCCAUCGAUCCGCAGGGCACCCCUCCAUACUACACACUUCGUCGGGCUCUGUCGGGACCGUACGCCUCGUUGAAGAGCGAGGAAGAGACAAUUGACCUCUUGGCGAGUCUAAAAGUUCCCGAAUCCCCUGCCGGGCAGACAUCCGUCGACAAGGAGAAGGCAGAAACACAGCAAGGGGCUCGUGUCAAACGUCAGGGCUCCGCGCUUCCAGACGUCUCCUAUCCGCGCUGCAUCAAGACAGACGGGCUGCCGGCCGAUCAGAAAGCCAUCGUACAAGCCGACGAACUGCUUGAUUGCGACAAGAACCCGUUCUACAAGGAGCUGGGCAACGAAUCGCUGACCGUCACCAAGUUGCCCCUUUGCACUGAGGUCGAUCCGAACCAGAAAUUCUGCUUGUCCACUGAAGAUGAUGACAAAACGCUGAUGGUCAUCAUCGUCGUGGCCGUCGUCGGCACCGUGUUGUUGAUCGUCGGUGCCGUCGGAUUGUGGUUGUGGGUGCGCUCACGGCGCCAAAAGCGUGAAAAGAAAGAGCCUGUCAACUCCCCGAAGAGCCAAGGAACCAAGAAUAACUCUGACGAGGAAGAGAAGUCGGCCGAA